UGCGUUUAGCGGCAGAGAAGCUGGCUUUCACUGAGCAUUCGUUCGAAGGGCUCACAAACAGGCAGUGUUCCACGUAGCCUGAGCACGUGUCGAAGGUGAAGUGCUGUAUAUUCAGCGUCUACAGGAAAGAGGACUGUAAACGCGGGUGCUCUGUCAGUAAACACACGUUGCAUCAAUGAAGACGCUGUUUGCACAUAAUCUUCACGGGAGUUGAAUAUAUUUUUUUUUAAUUCGGGAUAAUUACCAUCUCUGUGUUAAUGAAAAUUCCAGAACUGUUUGAAUUUUAGAAAGUGGAGGAUUAUUUAAUAGAUGUGGGUGGAAACCACGAACGAAACAGGAUAUAUAUAUAUAUGUGCGUGACUUCCUCCAACAAACCAGCGAGGUCACUUAGUGGUAAAAUAUAUCAUGUACAAUCGGGAAUUUAUAAGUACUUGAUAAACAUUGAUAUGAUCUACAGUUCAGAUCGAUCAAGAUCACAGUGAUUUGGACCCAUCCCAUUGACUUCUUCGUACGGAACCGGAGUACUGUUCUGUUUUAUAUCCAACACACCGAUUCCGCGUAUUCUGUCGUACACAUCACCUCGAUGCCACUUUUAUACAGCUGCUGAUACGGAAGAGCCUGAUAUUCGCAUCCACAUCAACAGCUGCUGCUGCUGUUUCGGGCUCCACAGAUUGAGAUGAUGAUGUACCAAUACUCCUUCCGAAUUCAAUACUUGAAGGGAUGAUUCAUAACAGAUAACUUGUUCAAGUCACUGCCGGUUUUGGAUAUUGUUCGUGAAUAUUGAGUGAUUUUCAAGGUCUGUGUGGAUCUGAGUCAUUUAUCAGUUGGAAGAAAGUUUCUGGAAGUUUUACAGAGGAAGACGCAGUUAAUUGUCGGUGUUCUCCACAUUGUCCACGACACGAACACAGUCCACAAAACAUGCAGUUUGAUGCCAGUUUAAAAAAAUAUUUUGAAACAAAUGUGAUUUUUUUCAGACUUCUUACAGCAUAUGGCUACGCUACUACUUUUGAAAAAACAUCGCGUAACAUGGGACGUUAAUGCUUAAAAUAUUGUUAAUUGUCAUAAUUAUAUUGAAAAAAUGGUAAUCUCAACGGAAGUUGAAACAGUGCCAUUAAUCAGUAUUUAUGCAACGUGAAACUAACAUUACUCACUGAAAUAUUCGACUGUUCACGCAACUUCAAGGAUUUUUGUUUUAUCAUCGAUUUUUCUUCAAGGCUAUAUACACCCGGGAUCAUAAACAGGAAUCCAUUUAUAACCAAGCCUGUUCUCGGCAAAGGUUGUCCCAUCGCUAUGUUCAACAGACAACACUGACAACUUAAGGAAGUGUACUGCUCAGCCGAACAUCUGCUGAAGCUGAACGUCUGUUGUUACUGAGGUGAUAGUUUCGAAUCGAUUUCUGCGAUUUAAAGCGGCUCUCCGCCCGAUCUUGAGACGCCAUGGGCGCUAACAACGUCAAACAGAAUGGCGGCCAGCAUUCCAACAAGGCGAUCAGCAGUGGCAGGAUGAGAAACUCUAUUGAAGACGAGCCCGUCUUGAAUCUUAGUGAGGAGCACAAGGAACUCCUGAAGGAGGCGUGGGUAACUCUUAAAGGAGAUAUCUCGAAGGUUGGGGUUAUCACUUUUAUGAAGUUAUUCGAGACACACCCGGAUGUUCAAGAUGCUUUCCUUCCAUUCCGCGGUCUAUCCACGACAGACAUGGAACAAAGUGCCAUCUUGCGUGCGCAUGCGCUGCGAGUGAUGAUGACGGUAGACAAGUGUCUGAACAGGAUUGACAGUCCUUCCAAGGUGGAGGGACUUAUGGGGGAACUCGGCCGGAGACAUUUAAACUACAAUAUCAAGCCAGAGUAUAUAGACAUGAUGGGCGAACAGUUUAUAUAUGCACUGAGAUCCAACCUGGAUGACCGCUGGAGCCCCGAGCUGGAGAAGGCGUGGAUUGCGUUGUUCAACAUGAUGAAGUUUUACAUGAGACGAGGUCUGACAGAGAAACAAAAGUGAAGGCGCAUACAUGUAGGCCGAACAGAAGCGGGGGACCUUUCAGUGUAAUUACUUGCGUGGAUCAUGUAACAAUAUAUGUGAAAAGGUUUUGAGAAUGAGCUGAGCUGUGACAUUCUGUGAAAGCGUCGUUUUGCCUUGUACGCAUGUACGGAAAGCGCAAGCUGUGACGGAACAUGUUUGAUGUGAUGGAUAUCACCAACACUGGUGUAUGUAGCAGAUUGUUGAUGUGAAUCAGUGGCGGAUAACAACAGUUUUUUGUGCAUUCAAAGCUACCUCGAAAACUGCUAUGCCCUGUGAUAAUUCGUGUGUUUGGGGAGAGAAAAGCUAAAAAUAUGCAGCUUUCUUAAUGCGUCUUUUUAGCCAGAAACACUUUCAGCGUGUGUGUACAUAUACAGUAUAUAUAUAUUGUUAUAUUUGCGUUGUAGUUCGAAAGACAUUAGGAAAAAUUCAGUUUCUACUUUUCACGACACAAUGGAUGCCGGAUGCUCGUCGGUCAUUAAUAAAUACCUAAUUCUUGUACCCCGUUGUCAUGACUACACAUAGGUAAAUCGUUGUAAAUUAAAUGCUAAAUAAAUGUGACUUGUAAGAGUCGUACCCUCCCCUUCCUCGGUGUAUCGGUCAAAACCCCUCCAGUCCUGGACGUGACGUGGGAUUUCACGGUCAAUACACCUCCACUCUUGGACGUGACGUGGGAUUUCACGGUCUAUACACCCCCACUCUUGGACGUGACGUGGGAUUUCACGGUCAAUACACCUCCAGGCUUGGACUUGACAUGGGAUUUCACGGCCAAUACACCUCCACUCUUGGACGUGACGUGGGAUUUCACGGCCAAUACACCUCCACUUUUGGACGUGACGUGGGAUUUCACGGUCAAUACACCUCCACUCUUGGACGUGACGUGGGAUUUCACGGUCAAUACACCUCCACUCUUGGACGUGACGUGGGAUUUCACGGUCAAUACACCUCCACUCUUGACGUUACGUGGGAUUUCACGGCCAAUACACCUCCACUCUUGGACGUGACGUGGGAUUUCACGGUCUAUACACCUCCACUCUUGACGUGACGUGGGAUUUCACGGCCAAUACACCUCCACUCAUGGAUGUGACGUGGGAUUUCACGGCCAAUACACCUCCACUCAUGGACGUGGGGUGUGGCUUCACGGUAUAGACCAAUACACGGAGGAAGUGUGGGUUUUACUCAUGUCUGUUUUAUUCCUUUACACAGAGAUUAGUCGUGUUUCGACGUCAUCGUCCUCCUUUAUGAUUUGAUAAUUACACCCACUAGUUAAGACCCUCAAAACUAUUUCUCUCGUGUCAAGCCGAGCACUUAUAAGUAAAUAUGUAAAUAUGCGCGUAAAGGGCUCAAUAUGUUAUUCGCUAAGCCCUAUUAAGGAUGUUUAAAUUGACAAUGGGCAUCACCUUUUCUGUCAUUUUCGGAGAGGAUGUCCAUGAAGCAGGAUUUAGUUUGGGGACUGAUGUGAGGACGUUUUUACCCAAUUCGUAGACGUUGAUGACACAGAAUCUAUCGAAAGAACAAUAAAAACAAAGGAUUCCAAGAAAUAGAGGACACAGCAGAUUCCCAGUGAAUACUUGGAAAGGACCCCGUUGAUGUGUCAACAUGUACGACAGUUGGGUCUGCGUCAGGAAUGCACAUGUGGCAACAGCAACAGCAACAGCAACAAUAAGGCUGACCGUCAUCUUGUUGUGAUGUGUACGGAGGAUCAGAGCAAACUAGUUGGGAUGUACUGCCUGCCAUAUGUACAGCUCCAGAAAGUUUUAACUUGAUUCGUCCUCCACAGCCUCGAAUUGGAGACAGCUUUACUGUCAGUACUAUGAGCGAGCAAACUAUUGACUUCGUUACAACCGAGGAGGUAGUCUAUAUCCGUGACGUGACCACAUACCAGGACGUAACCACAUACCAUGACGUAACCACAUACCAGGACGUAACCACAUACCAUGACGUAACCACAUACCAUGACGUAACCACAUACCAUGACGUAACCACAUAUCAUGACGUAACAUAAUACCAUGACGUAACCACAUACCAGGACGUAACCACAUGCCAGGACGUAACCACAUACCAGGACGUAACCACAUACCAGGACGUAACCACAUACCAGGACGUAACCACAUAUCA